AUGGGUUCUAUUUGGGUUGCAGACAUACCUCGCCCGGAGUUGACAGAUGAGAAGAUCGGGCCAUCCAUCACGAAUGUGGAGCAUUUGUCUUCUUACAAUUGGAUUGAAUCUUCCAGCCCUACUAUUGCGGUUCCUGGCUGCCCGCCUCUUUGGUCUCCACCCCAAACACCCAGAAAAGUAGCCAAAGACUCUGGACUCAUUUACAUUGCUCAAAACGCGUUUCGCUAUCCUGAAAGUCCGCUUGAACCACUUUUUCGCUCGCUGUACACCGAAAAACCCUCAUACGAUAUACACCAAGCCGACUUGAUAACUGAUCGAAACAACAUCCGCAAACUUCUGUCAUUCAUCAAUCCAAAACUCUCUAGAAAUGGACUGGAGCCUUUCACCAUUGAAAUUGAGACUACAAACAAUACAGCAAUCUUUUGUCGGGUAGAAACUGAAACACAUACAUUCGUCGGCCCACACGACUUCAGAGGCUACGGUCACGAGUUUGAGAAAGCCUUCACCACAACCCAAGUAUCCGGCAGCACGGGACAUCAUCGGAUUAUCUCCUAUAACUUGGAGGAUUUGAAAUUCAUAGUACGCUACGAGACUGACGCUUACGUUGAAGAAACUUCGAAACUUCAAAGUGGUUCGGAAAAUGAGACUUUUCUGAAUAUGAUGGAAAAUCUUUCUCUUUCACGACCCGAAACUUCCUCUCGUCUUGCCGAGUCCAAAUUAGUGGUCCAGGAAAAAGGAAAACAGGUCCCAAUUAAUUCAACUCUUGAGAUAAAAACACGCGUGUCCCACAAGCCUAUCAACAUCCAAGAGGUUCUUCCACAGCUGUGGGUAUCGCAAACACCGAAUGUUGUCUGUGCCUACCACAAUGGUGGCACAUUUGGAUUACCGGAAGUCAAAAACGUCACUCGCGAGAUUGCUGAAUGGGAACGAAAUCAUGCCAAUGACCUUUGGAGAUUAGUUGUAUUGGUCAAGGGAAUCAUAAGGGUAGUGAGAGAAAAUGGUGGGAAUGCUGUCGUAAAAUACGACGGUCGAAGUGACAGCCUUGCGCUUUUGAAGAGCAAAGGGGGCAGGAUGUUAGCUGAUGAUCUUUAUUCGAAACUCGACGAAACGGGAUCGACUGAAGCGAUUGAUACAAACUCUCGCAAAACAAGACUCAGAAUUGGGGAUACUUUCUACAAUGUUGACAUUUCGACGAUACCAUAUUUAUCAGCUUUUGUCAGGUUUCAAGGUGUUUCCCAGCCGCAAAAAACCGAAUUCAUUCACGGCAGUAUUGCUUUGUUUGACGUUGCUCUCAGGGGCUUGGAAUCAGGCUAUCGGCAAUGUUUCCGCUCUUUGCGAGAUGAUAUCCCUCAGUACCACACCCUCUGUGAAACAUAUGAUUUCCUUGGGGUCGACGUACUUGGCGGACAGUCAAUUGAUGAUAUUUUUGCUGAUUUGAAGGCCUGCAAACCCGAUUAUCAACUCGAAUAUAAGCGUUAUCGAGUUGUAAAGGGCGAUAAAUCUCGAGCACGGGACGCGGCAUUUCGACUGCUAUUUGUGAUAAUACGUGGGGAAUUCAGCGAUGAACAAAAAGAUCCUGCCAAGGUUUACAACGCCGUGUUAUUUAUUGUCUCGCAUCCAGGCACCUUCAAACAGGACACGAGAAUUGCAGUGCGGUCAGUCUAUGAGGAGCGCUUUGUUGUGUCCAAGAAGCAACGAAGUCAACUGGAUCGUUGGAGAAAGGGGAAUACUACUAACUGGUCAGAAUGCGAUACCACAACCGAGGAUGAAUCUGAUGAGCCAUAUCUUUCUGACCAGUCUUAG